GCUAAAUUUAUUAUUUACUUAUUUUUCUUUGUAAUCAUUUUUCUAAUUUUUUUCCGGGGUGGCUCUUUUCUUUAUUCUGCUUCUUCUUUCUUUCUCACCAGAUAUGCACGAAACAUUGGGGGUUUGAAGAGAUGACACCCCCCCCCCUUCCUGAUGGGGGCGCCAAAUUUAAGGGUUAUUUUAAUCUUUCUUUCUUUUUCUCUGCCCCCCCCCCCCCGUCCCUUUCUCCCUUUCUCUUUAAUAGGCAUGCACGCAUCGAGGGGGCGAGUGGGAUGGGAUGGGGGUGCUGAAAACUCGCCAAAUUUGGGGUAUAAGAUGGCUGCCCCCGCUAUUAGACACCGCAUCGAAAUUGUCCCGGCAAACCGCCUGAUGAACGCCGCUCAGGUUCUACAGCAGAACCUGACACUUCUGGAGUUAGUGCCACAAUUAGUGAACAUUGAAGGUUGUCUUCAAUUCUUGGCAGAGAGAGCGUUGAUUGGCAACAGCUGGACAUGCGAUGUCUGCCAGGAGAGAGGCCGGCUGCAGGCAACAGAAGCAAUAGAUGGCUUCGUUUGGAGAUGUCCGCCACCCUGCAGACGAAGGAAGAGUAUCCGGCAAGGCAGUUUCUUCUCUAAGAGCCACCUGGACUUAAAGAAGAUCAUAAUGUUUAUCUACCUUUGGGCCGCAGAUCUUCCCCUGAAGUUUAUUCAGGCAGAGGUCGGCUGCGAUGACAAGACGGCCACCAACUGGGCGAACUUCCUUAGAGACGUCUGCAGCGAAGCCAUCAUCGUCAACAUGAGGCCACUGGGUGGAUUCGAUGACGACGGCAACCCUAUCAUCGUUGAAUCCAAGUUUUUCCACCGGAAGUACCAUCGUGGAGCCAUCCGUGAUGGCCACUGGGUAUUUGGAGCGGUGGAGAGAGAAAGUGGCCGCUUUCUCAUGAGAAUUGUCGAGCAGCGGAAUCGAGCAACCUUGGAACCAAUCAUCCAACAGUGGUGUCUGCCCGGCACCCACAUCAUCAGCGAUGGAUGGGCGGCGUACAGAGAUCUCGAGAAUCUCAACAACGGUGUCUACCUCCACGACGUCGUCGUCCACGAGGACAACUUUGUGGAUCCUGAUCUCCCCUGGCUGCAUACAAACACCGUAGAGGGGAAGUGGAUGCACGCUAAGAGGAAGCUGAGGCGACAGUGUGGCACCACACGGGAUCUCUUUCCCACAUAUCUGGACGAGUUCCUGUGGCGGAACGAUGUUGGCCCUAACAAGGUCGGAGAGAUUAUGAAUGCCAUCCGCCAGAUUUAUCCAGUGUAGCACUUUGAGGUGCUUCUAAACCCAAAGGCCCUUUUCAGCGCCAACCCAAA